GCUGAGAGCGCUCGCAUACAGGAAGUUUUACUGUAAAAUUAAAUAAGACAGUUGUCGCUUUUUUCGGGAAGAGCGCGCUUCCCUCUUGUCACCGCACUUUUAAACUCUCUUCCGAGGGAUUUAAUCUUCACCUCACUUGCGGCCCGAGGGUUGAAAAGCGGAACUGACUAAGACGCCAUACUAGCAGCAUUUGCGUCCGUACUGCUGCUGCUGUGCGCUGAGGCGCGCGAGUCACGGUGGCGAACGGCGACACGAAUAAAGCGUCUCGCGGCAAAGCGAACGGCGCGCGGCGACAGCGGGGUCUCGACGCACCACAACGUCCGUUCGGCAGCGCGCGCGGGAGCGAACAUGGGUGCGAACGCCCACUGGAUGGCGCAGCUGCCCGAGGAGCUGUGCGCGUUGCCGCUGAGCACGCUGGCCAUUCCCGGAAGUCACGACACCAUGACCUACUGCUUGGACCUGCAGUCUCCGGUUCUGCCAUCGCAGCCGCUCAUAUUGCGGCUCCUGGACCGCGCGGUGCCGUGCAUCACCCGGCCGUGUCUCUACAAGUGGGGGAGCACACAGGUGCAGAACAUCAGCGAGCAACUCGAUGCUGGAAUACGAUACUUUGACCUCAGGGUCGCGCACAAGGACUCCGACUCGGGCUGCACCCUCUAUUUCGCUCACGGGAUCUAUACUCUCACGACUGUGAUGGACGCUCUCGAAGAAGUCUCCUGCUGGCUGAAGUGUCACGUGAAGGAAGUGGUCAUUCUCGCAUGUUCCAUGUUUGAUGGACUGAAGAGCGACGAACACGAGCAAUUAAUCCGCUUCAUCGCGAAUCUGUUCGGUAAAAAAAUGUGCCCGAAAGAGGUGACGAACGGACUUUUGACCGCAGUCCUCGGACAGAAGGAUGCUGUUGACCGUGCUUCGUCUCCGGUGACCCCCUCCCUGAAGAGCAUGUGGGAAAAGGGCUAUCAGGUCAUCGUCUCCUAUGACGACGCCGCUGGCUCUGUUUCCGAGAACCUGUGGCCAAAGAUACCCUACUGGUGGGCUAAUGAGGUGGACCCUCUCAAAGUGAUCCGCUUUUUGGAGGAGCAAAAACAGAUCGGAAGGCCAGAGGGAUUUUUCGUGGCGGGUCUUAAUCUCACGGAAGACACCAAAUACAUCCUUACUCAUCCCGGGCAAUCGCUCAACCAUCUGACUCUUCAGAGUUACGCCACCUUCCUGAGAUGGGUGGAGAAGCAGAGCCCAGGACCAGGGAAAAGCUGUCUGAACAUCAUCUGUGGCGACUUUGUCGGAGCAGCAUGCGGGAACGAAACGGUUCCCGCAACGAACAGUUUUGCCUCCGCAGUCAUCGCUCUCAACGGGAAGCUGCUCGAGAGACUUCCUGUGCGAACGAGUUGAAGUAGAAACGUGUCCGGGGUCCAGCUGAAGAGCCUCAUCCUUAACCCUACGGGUGCCUACGUUGACUUGGCUCGCUCCCGAACCGCGGAAGGAGCUCCCGCCCGACAUCGGCAGCGUGACCGGCCUUGUCGACGUCUGCCGCCUUCCGAACACAGGGUCAUGUCUUCAGAUGAAGUGUCAGAAUCUCCUCUGACUCAUGAUUCUGGAGGGUGUCGCUGUUUCUGUAGCUCCGCUGUCUUCCUCAUAGCUUAUGUUGCCUUUAAACUCUUCUUACCUUUCUAUUUGUUUUUUUUUUUUCUUCUUUUGCUGAAAUGUAAAUAACCGAACAGGGACUUAUGCAGUAUUGUUCUGCCCUAAAAGGCCAAGUCCAGUCGUGUCCCAGGUUGAUACACAGUCUCAUCCUGGUCAGGCGUCAUCCGUCAUCUUGUGACCUCUUGGGGAAUCAUUAAAUAACUAAAAGUUGCUACAUAAAGUGUAAAGGUUGUGGUAAGUGGGACUGCAGGACCAGUAAAACAUACUACAUUUAUCUGACACGCUUCUCCGAAGUGACUUACACUGUGAAGG